GUGAUGCACAGGCUGUCUAAGUAGGUCCGCUGCCUAUCGAUUCAAAAGCAGCGCUGUCGGGCUCUGCAGGCUCAGAUAAGGGAACAGGGACGAGGGGAAAAAAACGCAGCUGCGCUGGGCUAGAGAGCAGGAGCAAUAAGCAUCGCUUCUAUUGUCUUCCUCCUUCCCCCCCUCCCUCUGCUUCUCUGCAAAGGGGAUGCCUGCUGUCGCCGCUGUUUCACCAGAGCUGCGAUUUGCAGAUGAAGAAGGAGUAGAGCAUAUCCGCACUGCCUAGGACAGGCUCUCCCUACCACCACAGAGGAGAACGGCAAACGCAUCCAUCCCAGGGUUCCUGCUGUGUGUUGUGCUGUGAGACGGCAAGAUGGAAGCCCCACUGGUGUGCCUGGAUGAGGAGUUUGAGGACCUGCGGCCCUGCAGGACAGAGGAGCCUGACCAGACCCUGCAGCGCCCCUACAGCACAAUACCCCUUGCCCGGGAGGACUUCUCUGAGCUGGAGAACUUCUCUGAGAUGAUGAGCUUCAAGUCCAUGGAGGACCUGGUCAACGAGUUUGACGAGAAGCUCAACGUGUGCUUCCACAACUACGACACCAAGACAGAAGGGCUGGCCCCGGUGCGCGACCAAUCACACGCGGAGGAGGACGAGGAGCGGCUGCAGGAUGAGGAUGUGUGGGACGCACUGACUGAUAACUACCUGCCCUCAUCUGGCAGCUGGGACAACACCAACUCAGAGGGGCUGAACGGCAACCUAUCUGAUCAGGAGAUCCAUGAAAAGGAAGAGGAGGAAAUGAAUGAGAAGAAUGACAAUGCAAACUGCCUGAACGAGGAACCGCUCGUAACUGCUGACCAGGUGAUCGAGGAGAUUGUGGAGAUGAUGGAGAAUUCUCCUGACCCAGGGGAGACAGAGGAGGAGGAAGAAGAGGAAAGCAGGGACUCCUCCUUCCAGUCCAGCCCCUCCCUGCUGGAGGAGAUUCGGAUGCUGUCCCAGGCCUCCAACAAUAACUGUUCUUACGAAGGCCUCAGCCUGAUGCCCAGCUCAGCGCUGGUGGAGUUGCUGUGCCGGGUGGAGGCCGCCAUCCGCCAGUACUCGGAGGAGCUGGUGACGCAGCUGGCCCGGCGUGACGAGCUGGAGUUCGAGAAGGAGGUGAAGAACACCUUCAUCACGGCCCUGAUUGAGGUGCAGAACCGGCAGAAAGAGCAGCGGGACCUCAGCAAGCGACGGCGCCGCGCCAAGGGCCUGAGCCUGCAGGGGGUGCCCCGCCCUGAGAAGACCAGCUCCAUGCCUGUGAAGCGUUUCAGUAUGGAAGGUCUCUCCAACAUUCUGCAGACAGGGAUCAGACAGACAUUUGGCAACUCAGGGACAGACAAACAGUAUCUCAACACAGUUAUUCCUUAUGAGAAGAAGGGGACUCCUCCCACAGUGGAAGACCUUCAGAUGCUGACAAAAAUCCUUUAUGCAAUGAAGGAAGACAGUGAGAAGGUGCCAACAUUGCUAACUGAUUACAUUUUGAAAGUGCUGUGUCCUACCUAAAGGUACAGAGGGGCUGCUGCAUGAGACCGUGUGAGACGAGGCCGUUGGAGGCCGCUCGAGGCGAUCAGAGGCAGCUCAGAGCGCCAGUCCUCCUCACUGAGUCAAAGCUGCAUGAGUUCCCGUCCAUCAUCGAAGAUGGAUCAUUACAUCUAACCACUGUACCUGACUCAUACAGACCUCCAAUAAAACUCUGCCUUUGCUGAACUCACCUUGUCUUUCCUGUCCCCACUCG